GGCUGUACCUCAAUUCUCUUUCAUAAAAACCACAUAAAAAUCUCUCACUCGUCUCCUCCUUUCUCUCUCUUCACUUCUCUUUCUCGGCCAUAUAUCUGAGACCCCCUCAGGCCCUCACCAAUUCUUCCACAAUGGCCGAAACCCCAUCUGACCAAACCCAGACCCAGGCCGAGACUCAAGUUCCAGCCGGGUCGGAGCCCAAUCCUUCACAAUACUGGUGCUAUCACUGCGACAAACGGGUCUCCAUUGAAACCCUUGCGGAUCUCCCUGACGUCAUCUGCCACGAGUGCAAGAACGGCUUCGUCGAGUCCAUGGGUCCUCCAGCCGCCCCGGCUGCAGCUUCGGACCCCAUGGAUGAUCCGUCUUUCGGAAACCAGUUCCUCCAAGUCCUUCGACUCAUAGCUCAGGCCGCGCGUGACGAAGACGCGCCUCCUCCUCCCCCCUCUGAGCACGCUGAUCCAUCCGAUGACGAUUACCUUCGAAUCGAGCUCGAUGGCUGGGACAACGAUGAUGACGAGGACGACGAGAAUGAAAUCGAAGUCAGAAAUGAAGAUGUAGAAGAAAAUCGAGAAAGGGUGGACCAAAAUCGAGACCAAUCGGACGACGACGACGACGACGAGGAGGUCGACGACGAAAAUGAGGAGAAUGAGACUCGAGAAGAGACGGACGAAGAUGAUUUAAGGCGUAGGCGGCGCGAUGUUCUUCGGCUCCGGCUUCGGGACUUUGCUGCUCGAGCCGCGAAUCGCCGUAACCGGAUUCUCGAUUGGGCGGAAAUCCUAAUGGGAAUUGAGGACUACUCAAUUGAGUUUCGAUUGGCCGUGCCUGAAGGAGAAGGGUAUAUUGGGAAUCCAGGCGAUUACGUGGAUGCGGCGGGUUAUGAAGCUUUGCUGCAAAAUCUGGCCGAAACUGAUAACGGUGGGCGGCGAGGAGCGCCUCCCGCGUCAAAAGCUUCUGUAGAAGCAUUAGAAACCAUGGAGAUUAAGUCAGAACUGGAAGCAUUGGCUUGUGCUGUAUGUAAAGAUAUAGUUGGUGUUGGAGAAAUGGUAAAGAAAUUACCUUGUGGACAUGGGUAUCAUGGGGAUUGUAUCAUACCGUGGUUGGGGUCGAGAAAUUCGUGCCCUGUAUGUAGGUAUGAGUUGCCGACAGAUGAUGCAGAGUACGAGGAAGAAAGGAAAAAGAGAGCUGCUGCUGCCGCUGCCCCGAGUUCUUCUUCUGGUGGCAGUGGCGGUAUUAGUGGUGAUUACGAGACUGAGUCCUUCUAAUCAUUGGUGGCAUAUACGCUUACUUUCUGCAAUUAUUUUUCGGUUUUCUUUUUCUAGAAUUAGCUUAUGAUUUCAGAUAUUUUGACUCGUGGAACUCUGUUUGUGGACUAGUUUGAGGAAUUGUAAACUUGUUUCUUCUUUUCUCUUAAUGUAAAUAAGAUUUACUUCGAUAAAAAACUUGUUUCUUCUUUA